ACUAUGUAAAUCUAUGUAAGUCAGUCCUGAGGGAAGCCGUGCAGCCAAGACCAAGACCAAAUUGAGGCGGCGGUGUAAACAAGAGCAGCAUGGCGGCCACCCCGACGCCCGGCAACCUCUUCGACGAGUUUGAGGAGGCCUUCCAGAAUUGCAUGGCCCCAUUGACCAAGGAAGAUAACUUCAACGCUGUCAACCAUGAUGAGCUGCGGACCAAUGCAGAGACUAGUGGCCAGCGAUUCCUGGACCUCGCCAGGCAGAUGGAAGCAUUUUUCUUACAAAAGCGUUACUUGCUGUCUAUCCAGAAACCAGAAUUAAUACUUAUGGAGGACAUCAUGGACAUGCGCAGUGAGCUUGCCCGCAAGGAUGAGCUGCUCAAGAAGCAUGCAGAGAAGUUAAAUGAGUGGCAAGGACUGCUGUCCUCCAUGCAGACCCGCCUGGGCACCUCCAACUCUAUAGGCCCCCGCCCUCCUGGUCCACCCGGUCCCCCUGUGCCCACUGUGCCCUCCAUGCAUCCCGGAAUGAUGGCCACCCAGUCCAGCGGCCACCAGUCUGUGCCCAUGCCAGGCCUGAGCCCUGUAGGAGGAGGCGGCAUGGGCCCCUCCCCCAUGGUACCCACGGGGGUGCCAUCCAUGCAGCAUGGCAUGAACAACCCCAACAUGACCAUGCCUCAGACCUCCAUGAUGCAAAUGGGUGGUGGUGGUGGAGGAGGAGGGAGCAUGGGCCCAGGUCCUGGAAUGGGGGGGAUGGGAGGCAUGGCUCAGGGGGGGUAUCAGGGGGGCCCCGGGGGAGCAAUGUAUCCUGGCAGCAUGGGUCCCCAGCACCAAGGGGCACCACCUGGGGGGCUGCAGGGACCUCUUGCCUACCUUGAAAAGACCACCACUAAUAUAGGCAUGCCGGAGCCUAGGCGCUGACUAACUCGCUAGGUCACAGUUGUGCUGGGAACCUUUACAAAGCCUACAGUGCAGCAAGACCUCAUUCUGACUUCCAAUGGCCAGUGUAGUGGAUCAUAGCUUCUAAUGACCUCACUGUGAUGGAGAUUUUGCUGCUAACGGACUUCAAGGUAUUAAAAUUGUAGCUUCUUACUUACCAGUAUGUUGCACCUAUUCUUUUCAUUUUGAACUAAAAUUUAACAUUGUGUGAACCAAAAAGGCUUUGGUUUACAAUUGGCUUCUAUAACCUUUCCUUUACAUAUUUGGUGUAUGUAGUAAAGUUCGGCAUCUAACAAACUUCCAGGUAGUGAGGAUGUGGCUUACAUUUAGUGUGUACUGGACUGUUGUCAUUGUGUUGGUGUUGAAGGCUGAGCUUGAGGCUGUCAGAACUCAGCUUGCAGCCAAGGUUAUGGAGAAAGAGUUUCCACUUUUCUCUUCUAGCCAAGGUGAGUGUGUACAGAAAAUUGGUGACUCCUUUCCUACAAAACACCAUUAUUCUCUUAUUUUUAUAUUUGAUGGGUGUAUGACAGAUGGCUGAUUAUUGUAAAACCAUGUUAAGAUGUAGAAAGCAAGACAAUAAGCAUCAGGGAGCAUACUUUUAAUUCCUCGGUUUUGCAAUAUGUGAUUGUUGCCGUCUAACUGACAUCUUCUCCUCUUUAAAAUCUUCAUCAGAGAAUGAGGUCUUGCCAUAGAAGUACAUAUACAGUAUCCAUUUAAAAUGCAACUUACCUUUUAGUAUUCUGUAAUGUUGCUGAUGUUUAAUGUAUAGAUAUUUUUACCUAUUUUAUUGUAAUUAUUUAUCAACAAAACUAUUUUAUA